UGUGGGCGUUGAACGCACUGCUUCGACUGAAGAGCACUGCCUACAUCUCAGCACGCCUUUGCUCUGUGCCUGGCGUCUCCCAUUAUCCUCGGUGCGGUACCAUCAUUUCAGGUAUGAGACCUUAACACGAGACGAGCAUCAUUUUGUUAUAUUGAAUGAUCGGACGCGUACGCUCGAAGAAAUGGAAAGUACUUCGGUUCCGAGAUCGUUUCAGCACCACUUUGGCUGGACAGCGCAACAGCUUUUCGCACUUGGUUUCGCGCUUUCGGGGAUCUUUUGAUUUCCAUACGCGGGGAAUGGAGUUUGUCGAACCGGUGGCCAUUGUACCUCAAGUGAUCGAAAGCGAAAUACUCCAAAAUCUGCAGCCUGCUCUGUUUAGGUGAUCAUGCCGGAGGUGUUUGACUACAGCGGCGGCAGAUAGAGCAACGGAAAGCACUCACAGGUGGGUGAAGCUUUGUGUUCGCAGCAAAAGAUCCCCAGCCUCCUCCACCUAGAGACGGAGAGAUUGGGAACCCGAAGGGACCGAGCGACCAAAGACGUACCGUUAACCUUUAAUCUCAUCAAAAGGCUCUAGAGGAGAGCGUUCUGUGACGGGAGAUAAAUCGGAUUGACUCAGAACUGCUGCCUACGGAACCAGAUGAGCGGUCCAUUCAAUUACAAGAGUAUUUCAAAGUGAUAUAACGAUGAACUUUAAAAGACUGUGCCCUGCAAAAGGGUGGCUCCAUUGACCCGUCAACCCAGUGGCGACACAUCUCGCAUCCAAAAAUAGACACACUUUGGAUUAAACCAGGUUGCUGGCAUGUCUUCAGUUGUGGCUAAAAUGGCCGGACGGACCAGCCAUCACGGUCAAACCUCAGCAUUGGUUGUUUUCUACCUCUUUCUGACUGCGUUGGCCGCAAGGCCCAAAGGUCCAGGCCACACACAUCUGAAUUCCAUCCGAAUCGAUGGCGACAUUUCUUUGGGCGGUCUGUUUCCGGUUCACGCUCGUGGCCAUGAAGGCAAACCCUGCGGAGAGAUUAAAAAGGAAAAGGGCAUCCAUCGUCUAGAGGCAAUGCUUUUUGCGCUGGACCGAAUCAACAAUGAUCAUGAAUUGCUUCCAAACAUUACCCUGGGAGCCCGUAUUUUGGACACGUGCUCGCGGGACACCCACGCUCUGGAGCAGUCUCUCACUUUUGUCCAGGCGCUGAUUGAGAAAGAUGGAACGGAUGUGAAGUGCCAGGGAGGAGGGUCGCCCAUCAUCACCAAGCCUGAGCGAGUGGUGGGUGUCAUCGGAGCAUCGUCCAGUUCUGUAUCCAUAAUGGUGGCAAAUAUCCUACGCUUGUUUAAGAUCCCGCAGGUGAGUUAUGCAUCUACGGCUCCCGAGCUGAGCGACAAUACCCGCUAUGACUUCUUCUCUCGCGUGGUACCUCCGGACACCUACCAGGCGCAGGCUAUGGUGGAUAUUGUUAGGGCCAUGCGCUGGAAUUUCGUCUCCACGGUGGCGUCGGAGGGCAAUUACGGAGAGAGUGGCGUGGAUGCCUUUAUUCAAAAAUCCCGGGAAGACGGGAGUGUCUGUAUCUCACAGUCUGUGAAGAUCCCCCGUGAGCCAAAACCGGGAGAGUACGACAAGAUUAUUCACAGACUAGGGGAAAAUCCGAAUGCAAGAGUUGUGAUUAUUUUCGCAAAUGAAGACGAUAUUAAGCGACUGCUGCAGGCGGCAAAGAGAGCCAAUCAGACGGGUCACUUCCUGUGGGUGGGGUCCGAUAGCUGGGGAUCCAAGAUAUCACCCGUCCUUAACCAAGAAGAAAUGGCAGAAGGAGCUGUCACCAUCCUACCCAAACGUCAGUCCAUCAAAGGCUUUGAUCGCUACUUCAUCAGCCGGACGCUGGAAAACAACCGGAGGAAUAUCUGGUUCGCCGAAUUCUGGGAGAACAAUUUCGCCUGCAAGCUCAGCCGCCAUGCCUUGAAGAAGGGAUCCGGCAUUAAGAAAUGCACAAAUCAAGAGAGGAUCGGAAAAGACUCCGCUUACGAACAAGAGGGCAAAGUGAUGUUUGUGAUUGAUGCCGUGUACGCGAUGGCCCACGCCCUCCAUAACAUGCACAAAGACCUCUGCCCUGGCAAGGUGGGACUCUGUUCAAAAAUGGACCCCGUGGACGGAACCCUACUGCUGAAGUACAUCCGCAACGUCAAGAUAUCAGGCAUAGCCGGCAAUCCAGUGCAUUUCAAUGAGAACGGAGAUGCCCCGGGCCGCUACGACAUCUACCAGUACCAGAUAAAGAACAAAACAGCUGAAUAUAAAAUCAUUGGCCAAUGGACUGACCAACUUUACCUAAACACGCAAACAAUGCAGUGGCCUGGUGGAGAAAAACAGGUGCCGCUGUCCAUAUGCAGUCAGCCUUGCCUACCAGGGUGGCGCAAAAAAAUAGUCAAGGGCAUCUUUUGCUGCUGGCACUGCGAACGUUGCGAUGGUUACCAGUAUCAAGCCGACCUCUACACUUGCAAGAUGUGCCGCUAUAAUUUGAGGCCUAACCUGAAUCACACAAGCUGUCAGCCUAUUCCCAUCGUAAAGCUGGAGUGGAGCUCUCCGUGGGCCGUCAUACCCGUCCUGAUCGCCAUUCUGGGCAUCAUAGCCACUCUUUUUGUGGUGGUCACCUUUAUCCGCUACAACGACACACCGAUCGUCAAAGCGUCGGGACGGGAACUCAGCUAUGUCUUGCUCACAGGGAUCUUUCUUUGUUACGCCACCACAUUCCUGAUGAUCUCAACCCCGGAUGUGGGGAUUUGUUCACUGCGGCGAAUUUUCCUAGGGCUCGGGAUGAGCAUCAGCUACGCGGCGUUGCUUACCAAAACCAACCGGAUUUAUCGCAUUUUCGAGCAGGGGAAAAUGACCAUCAGCGCUCCGCGAUUCAUCAGUCCGGCCUCACAGUUGGUUAUCACCUUUAGCCUGAUCUCAGUUCAGCUCUUGGGUGUGUGCAUCUGGUUCGCAGUAGAUCCAUCCCAAGCGAUAAUCGACUACGAGGACCAGCGCACGGCGGAUCCCGAGAUGGCACGCGGAGUACUAAAAUGUGACAUAUCGGACUUGUCGCUCAUCUGCCUUCUCGGAUACAGCAUGCUACUGAUGGUCACCUGCACGGUGUACGCCAUAAAGACGCGAGGGGUGCCCGAGACCUUCAACGAGGCCAAGCCCAUCGGCUUCACCAUGUACACCACAUGCAUCAUUUGGCUCGCUUUCAUCCCUAUUUUCUUCGGAACGUCGCAGUCGACAGAAAAGAUGUACAUACAGACAACCACACUGACCAUCUCGGUGAGUCUAAGCGCGUCUGUGUCUCUGGGGAUGCUCUAUAUGCCGAAGGUGUACGUGGUGCUUUUCCACCCGGAGCAGAACGUGGCCAAGCGCAGCACUCGCAGCCUGAAGGCUGUGGUCACUGCUGCCACCAUGUCCAACAAGUUCAACCCCAAAGCAAGCCUGCGACCCAACGGAGAAGCCAAAUCUGAGCUGUGCGAGAGCCUGGAAUCUCAGGGACUCGCAACUAAACAAACAUACAUCAGCUACAGCAACCAUGCAAUCUAGGUAAGUGAUAAAAGGCCACUACUAAAUCCCAGAAGUGCCCCCUGGAAGACAGCAUUUCAAGAUAAAUCACUCUCACGCUAACCAGACAGGAGUGAGAUGGCGGAUGGUUUGAAGACCCCACAGACACGUUUCCAUUAAUGAAGCUUAUGUGAAGUCACAUAGGGAGCAUCUCGGGAGGCCGUGACUGUUGAGACAGUGAUGUUUGGGAAAGACGGUUUGUCACCAAGACAAUUCCAUUACAGCUUGCUAUAUCUAUUCCAAAUGUCAUUGUUGAAGUGAUGCUCACUAAUUGAGGACCACGUGUCAGUGUCCGCUGUUUCAUUGAUGCUAACACUAUGUGGUGACUAAAAAAUAUGAAAAAGCAUAAUAAAAAUAAUCACAUGGAGCUUUCCCCCUCUUGUUUUCGCCUCGGUGAUGACAACAGCGAAGACAGUGAUCAUUGUUUACCGAUAUUGAGCAUGCUGGUUUUGACAUCCUGUGCUGUGUUGUUUUUUCUUUUCUUUUUUUUCUUUUUUCAAAAAAGAACCUUCUGGAAUGCUGUUGAACUAUGUCGCUGUAUUGUUACCUCACCAUGGGCCUUGUGAAACCGUUGAAGAUGUAUGAAGUGCUCUCUGGAGUAAUGUUUGCUUGUGCAUAAGUACACACCUUUUGAGGAACUCAAAACUGCCCUGUCGUCGAAAUGUUCUGUAGCUGUCACAGUCGUCUGCGCAUCGGCAAAAUCACAAUUUAAAAACGCGUGACCGACUUCCUGGGAACGCUCGACUGGAAUCUACGUCCACUGAACCGGGAAAGAUCGAGUAAGUCACAUACAUAACAAUUCUGUUGAAGCAAAUUCCUUUGAAGAAAUUCGAAGCAUCACCAAUCAAGUUCCAGAUUGUUCCAGGAAGGAGGGAGUUUUCGUAUCCAGACGUGUGUCAGGCGGUAGAGAGAGACGUGCUAUUUGUCUCUUUAGAUGUUUGUGAAUUUAAGAUUCAGUUCUUAUGAUUUCUCCUAUAUUCUUUGUUUUUUGCACUGUUUGUGCUGCGGAAUAAAAUGUCUAUGUUGACCGUGAUAAAUGGCAACUUAAUGUGCGUUCCUGAUUGCUAAUGUUUGCUUUUCAUCCUAAAAAAAGUCAGAAACAGUGCCUGAAUUAAAGUAUUUGUAAAAGAAGACAUAUGAGGUAUGUGAAGCAUGUUGAUUUUUAUACAUAAAUAAUUUCUAAUAAAGAAAUUUUUCGAAA